AUGCCAUUUAUGAACGACAGGCAGUGCUUUCUGGGUGUACUUAGCUUACUUAGCUACGGGGCCCAGGGCGCUCCGGUUACUUUCGAGAACCAGCCCGACAGCAUACCGUCGGACGUCGUUGUCCUAUUGGGGAUGGCGAUUGGGUUUUUUGGUGUAAUCAUCAUAUCGCUGGUCGUCUAUUGCCUUCAGAAAUUGUUGCGAAGAGGCAUACGACUGACCCACGAGUUCCCAGGAUCCUUGGACGAUGCUGCACAGGAGGCUGAGGAAGACAGACGCGCGUUAGAUGAGCUCCCUCCCAACGAACAAGAGUUAUAUUUCCAAGCCAAGGAUUUUUUGAAGCUGAAUCCGAUGAACAACCAGGAGCUGACCUUAUCGCAAAAUCUAAUCAUCCAGGAAAAAGGAGUGUCAGCUUGGGAAUUCCGGCCUCAUGUUGAAUGCCAAGAGUAUAUUCGCGUGGUAGACAAGACCGAGAUUGAAUUCCUGAAUUCAGGCCAAGAGCUGUCAAUUCAGACGAACUUUCCUAUGCCAAAAGAGAACGAAGUGUACUAUUUUGAGACUAAGAUAUACGACCUUCCUAGCCCUGAAGAUACAUUAAUAUCAAUUGGAGUUGCCACUUCCCCAUAUCCAUACUUCCGCCUCCCAGGCCGCAGCCGCAUCUCGACUUCGUACGAUUCGACAGGCCACAGACGCUAUAAUGAUCCUUUCCCGCUGAAGGACGCAGUUUUCCCUACUCUCGAGCACGGGGAUGUGAUUGGAUGUGGCAUCAAAUUAGCGUCGAGGACCGUUUUCUGGACGCGAAACGGCAAGAAACUAUCGGAGUCGAAAAUAGGAGGCCAUAUUAAGCUCCCGAAAAAUCUACAACUAUACCCUACAGUUGGUUCGAACAACAGAUGCGCGCUUCAUGUGAACGUUGGACAAGUGGGAUAUGUUUUCAUAGAGGGAAACGUCAAAAAAUGGGGAUUUGGUCCGCUCGAAGGCAACGAGAUUCCUCCGCCGCUAUACACGAAAUUCAAUAAGGAUAUUCUAUUGGAAACCAGUGACUUGGAUCUCAACGAUCUCAGUUUGCGAAACGGCGAUUUUCCACCAGAUUUCUGGGAUGCUGUGGAUAGCUUUUCUGAGCUCAACGAUGCUCAGGAGAACAUUACGCUACACACUUUAAGAGAAGACGAACGCUCGGCAAAUGCGCCAUCAGAGCAGGAGGAAGUCCCUGAAAGUCCUCCUUUAUACGACGAAGUGUCUCAGUAA